AUGCAUCUUUCAACUUUCAGUCUGCUGCUUUCCGUCGCUCUGGCGGAUGCCGCAUCUAUCAUCACACCCAAUAGGCACCAAAAGAACGAGGAACCCGAUUACCCCUCAAGAUGUUAUCCUGACCCCUGCAAGGGUGUAACCUACCAAAACUCAACCGCUGUCUGCGGUGACCCACGACUGGGUCCCAAAAAGCUCCCCGGCUUCUUCCCACUGUCCAACGAGCUUGAAACAUACUCCCGCUUCGGCGAGCUCUGUCCAUUUGAAUUCCUGGAUAAAUGGACCGUCAAUGCCUCCAAUCCGAGCGCGUACUGGAUUUAUCCAGAUAGCGAUGGAUUUGUCACCAGCAACGAGAAGAUUUCUAUUCUUGGAAACGUCACACUCCGUGUCGGUCAAAAGGUGGAUAGAUUCGGGCCUGAAACUGGCAAAUUUCUGGCACCGCUCGGGGCGCCGUAUAUCGAGCGAUCCCUGCCACCAUCAAAUCUUUUUGCCCCGGAAAACAGCAGCUUCCCAUACAACUAUCAUGUGUACGAGGUGACCAAGGAGUUUGACGUUUUGCUAGGACCCAUUGCCUCGUGGUUUGAGCAGCCUGGCUUUGGAUCGCAGAUCUUGGCCCUGUCGAGCGUGGCAUCUCUUUUGGAUGGUGGAUUCUUGAAACAGUUGGAGCUGCAGGAUUAUGAUGAAGCAGAUGAGUACUCAGCCGGUUAUCUGCCUGAUCCCAAAGAUCCUAAAAAGUCUUCUACCUAA